AUGGCGCACCAGGGACUCUCGCCGUACCACACCCAUGCCGACCUCCUCCAAAAGUACAUGGAGUUGCCGCAGGGUGGCAAGAUCCAGGCUGUCUGGAUUGACGCCGAGAACGGUCUCCGCUGCAAGACUACCACCCUCGACGGACCCGUCUCGUCCAUCGACGACCUCAAGGAGUGGAACUUUGACGGCUCGUCGACCGGCCAGGCCGAGGGCGCCAACUCGGACGUCUUCCUCCGCCCCGCAGCCUACUUUCGGGAUCCCUUCCGCCGCGGUGACAACAUCAUCGUCAUCUGCGAGACCUACAACAACGAUGGCACGCCCAACAAGUACAACCACCGCUACUCGUGCAUGAAGACGAUGGAGGCUGCGUCCAAGUCGGACCCCUGGUUCGGCCUCGAGCAGGAGUACACCAUCUUCGGCUCUGACGGCCGCCCUUACGGCUGGCCCGUCGGCGGUUUCCCCGGUCCCCAGGGACCGUACUACUGCGGUGUCGGCGCCGGCAAGGUCUUUGCUCGCGACAUGAUCGAGGCGCACUACCGCGCUUGCCUCUACGCCGGCAUCAACAUCUCGGGCAUCAACGCAGAGGUCAUGCCCUCGCAGUGGGAGUUCCAGGUCGGACCUUGUGCUGGAAAGGACAUGGGCGAUCACCUCUGGAUGGCCCGUUACCUCCUCGUCCGUAUCGCCGAGGAGUGGGGCGUCACCGUCUCGUUCCACCCCAAGCCGCUCCAGGGCGACUGGAACGGUGCCGGAUGCCACACCAACUACUCGACCGCCGAGACUCGCGCCGACGGCGGCAUGAAGGUUAUCGAGGAGAUGAUCAAGAAGCUCGAGAAGCGCCACAUGCAGCACAUUGAAGUCUACGGCUCGGACAACGACCUCCGCCUCACUGGCCGCCACGAGACGGGCCACAUUGGUCAGUUCUCGUGGGGAGUCGCGAACCGCGGGUCGUCGAUUCGUGUGCCGAAGAGUGUGGCGCUUGCGGGCAAGGGAUACUUUGAGGACCGCCGUCCGGCCGCGUCGAUCGACCCUUACUCCGUCUGCGACAUCAUGGUGCAGACCACCCUCCUCUCUGCCUAA